AUGAGGCAAUCUUCACCAGCUCCGCGUGGUGGCAGGCAAGAUCGGGAUCGUCGGCGCUCGAGAAGUCGAUCACCGCACGGAGAUGGAUCCAGAGGAGGAAAUCGUAGCAAGCUCAUCUACAUUACAAAUCUCUCGUAUGAGACUCGUUGGGUAGAACUGAAAAGCAUUCUUCAGGAGCUUGGAGGAGAGCUCGCCUGGGUCGACAUCCUUCAAGACAAGACGGGACGUUCUAAAGGCUCAGCGCUGGCAGAAUUCAAGGACAUCGAGUCUGCUGAGAAUUGCUUUCAGCGUAUGUCACCUCGAUACGACAUUGGCGGCCGUAGCGUUGUCUGCAAGCAAAUUCGUGAACCUCAGUCAUUUCUUCGAAAGAUUCGUGAGGAGACUGGAAUCGACUACUUGGCUCGAAGUGGCGGUGACCAUCAUCGAGGCGGUUCUGGAGCAGCAGCUGGAAAUCAACGAGGAACCGAAGCCAACAAUGGACGUCAAGAGAACCACGAAACCUACGGGCUCAGCAUGGACUUCCUUCGCACUCAUCACAUCGAAUUGCCAUUGGUUUCACGAAUCUUCAUCGCUAAUAUUCCGUUUAAUGUGGGCACUGGACGCUUAUGUGACAUUUUCAGCAUGGCUGGGCGAAUUAAAUGGAUCGAUCUUCAAAUGGAUAAAGAUGGACGAAGCAAGGGAUCCGCCGUGGUGGAGUAUAUGCAUCCGCUAGAAGCCGUACAAUCCGUCUCGAUGUUCAAUCAACAGAAGCUUCUUGAUAGGGCCCUGCUUGUCAAAUUGGAUCGCUAUACAAAGACGGACGAAAGAAAACCGGGCGAGUUGCCGCGUGGAAUGUUGAGCAUUGGCAUGGGCUUGGGAGCCGAUGGAGCGCCACUCAAAGAUGUCACCUCCGUGCUUGCAUCGAUGGGAAAAGUGAACGAUUUUGGAAAUCAACUGAUGAUUCAACAGUCAAAUAUGUCCACUUUUGGGGGAGUUCCGGCACCGUUGAGCAUAACAAAUCCGUAUGGGCCGGUUAGUGGAGUCAUGAACACCCCGCAACAAUCAACAAUGCAGUAUCGAAGCCAAUCAUUUGGUAGCGGUGGCGGCGACUCGUUUGGACUUGGAAAUCCUCAAACAGCGUAUGGUGGCUCGCAAGGUGCCUAUGGAGGACAAUCGAUUAAAACCGAGACAGGAACACCAUUUGGUGGGAGUUCCUACGGAUCAAUGGGCUCAUCUCGCACAAUUCUGAUCAAAAAUCUUCCACACGAUUAUACCUGGCAGAUAGUGAGCGAUCGAGUGGCCUCGUUUGGAGACGUCGAAGGAGUUGAAAUGGCUGGACCUGGUGUGGCUCGAGUGCGAUAUGUGACGACCUCAGACGCGGAUCGAGCAAAAGGGGCGUUGAGUGGCACUGUCGUUGAGGGACGAGGAAUCGUCGUCGACUUCGUGCAUCCA